AUGCCAAAUGCAGAAUUCACGCAAAGAAAAUGGUCGCAUAUUGAUGGAUUGCAGUUAGCAGAUCCUUGCACACCACGCCCACCAUCCGCCGGACAUGGUUUUAGUCCGGCCGUAUGUGCUUCACCGUCGACUCCAUAUCAAUUAUCUUCACACUCUGCAGCUAGCCUACCAUCACCACAAUCUAAUGCCAGUCAACCAGCUGGUGGUCCUGCCUACGGCUUUAGUUUUCCUUCAUUUGAUAUCAAUGAGAAAACUGAUAAAGAUAAUUUGAAUAAUAAUAAUAACAGCAACAACAACAACAAUAACCCACAACAAAUAGGAACAAUGGCUGGAAGUAUGUCAAAUGGUGGAGCUGUACUUUUAGGUAAUACAAUAGCUGGCAGUGUAUCACAACACCAGCAACAUAAUACACCACCACAUCCACAACCAGAUUCAGAGCGUUUGCGUCAUUUGCUUACAAAUAAAUCACAUUCACUCACAUCUUCCCUGCUCGGAACAGACAGUAGUGAUGACAAGGACAAUAAUCUGUCAAAGUUCUACAAACAGGGUCUGGUUAAUGCAGAUGAAGAUAAAGAUGGAAACGGACCAGGUGGUAGUAGCUCGAGUUGCUCGAGUAUAUUUAAAAUGUCUGCUGGUGGACCAAAUUCACGUUUUGGUAGUGGCUUGCAAAAAUCAUCGAAUUCUAGUAAUCCUAUGCUGCUUUCGUUAUUAAAUGAAAGACCUGAUGAUGAUGAAAGUAAGGGUGGUGCAACAACAGGUCGUCAAAGUGAACUAUUACGACAAUUGCAAAAGGAUGAUGGCCAUCACGGGCAUAGUCAUAGUCACGGACAUGGGUCCCACUCCUCAAAUUUGUCAACUGAGGAACUUAAACGUAUACUCAAAAUACAAGGUGAUCCUUCAAUGACUCGCAAGCGUUCAUUAAAUGAACCAGAUGAUGGUAUUUCGCCAAAACGUUCUGAAGAUCGCCCCUCAAAAUUACGUGCAAAGAACAAAAUGCUCGCCUCACUAUUAGAGAAUCCGCCAAAGAUUCCAGUGCUGCAAACACCGCCCCAAGUUAAAACUAUACCUGAUAUAACUUCAUCAACGGUGAAUCGUGUUAGUUCCACACUUGGUUCUCUUGGUGCAGGACCUACGACAAGUAGUCUCGGCAUGUCAACAAAGAGUGCAACACUAACAACGACACAAGCCAAUACCGCUAAUAUAGUCGGAACAGGACGCGGUGGCGGUCGUAAACAACAACAACAGCAGCAACAGCCUUCCGAUGCCUACCUCACACAGCACCAGCAACAGCAAAAUUUAGUAGCUGCUGGUGUUGCAAAUCUACAACGACCUCAACAACAGACGCAAAUGAGCUAUGCGUCAGUGGAGCAUUCAUUCGUAUCGUCACCACUAAAUACAACAGCUACCUCAGCCACAGCAGCUGCAACAUCAACAGUUACAUCGCAAGCUGCUGCGCAACAAUUACAAUCACUCAGCGCAGCGGAUGGUGAUCCUGAAUUAUCACAAUUAUUGGAUAGUGUUAUGGAUUAUGUAGCAGAUGAUCAGCCUUUUGUUGCAACAACACCAACAGCAAUAACGGGUCUAACGCAACAAGAAAUGAACGAACGUGUCGCUAUUAGCGCUAUACAAAAAUCACUUAUGGUGGAGACAUCGGUGUACGGAACUGGGCAACAAGCACAGUUACAGCAACAACAACCACAGCCACCUGCUUAUCCUGGUAAUAUGUUAGGUAAUUUAGUGCAACAGCAGCAGCAACAACAACAACAUCAACAGCAAAUGUUGCAAUUAAUAAGGAACAGUCAAGCUGGCGGAGCUCAACAGCAAGCAUCAAUGCAACAGUUGGUGGAAGUUAUGCGCGCCAAUGUGAAUCAGGGAUUUCAGCGACCCCCGCCCAUGUAUACAGCGCGUGGACGAGUGCCGAUGAAUGCAGUUGCUACUCCUGGCGGUAAUGUUAUAUCACCAGCACAACAAUAUCGCGCUAUGAAACAACAACAAGCACAAAAAGAACGUCUGUUGCAGCAACAACAAAAACAGCAAUUAUUAGUGCCUGAAAGUGCAACGGCACGCAACGAUCAAUUAUGUUUAAAUCCAGGUAUUAAUAAUAUUGGCACUUUGUUGAAUACCACAGUAGCUCCAAACGUUUCGUUAUCACGCACAAAUAUGCCAUCAGAUUCUCAAUUGAGUCCCAAUUUUGCUCAAAGCAUGAUGCAACAGCAAUUAAGUCCAGGACAGCGUAAUGCACUAUUUAGCCCACAACCAAAUCAAGGUUAUGUACCACAAUAUCCGCAGAAUGCACAACGUUUGUCACCGCAACAACAACAACAACUGAACCAACAAGCUAAUGCCCAACAGCAGCAGCAACUUUCUUUCCAGAAUGCACAGGGUCAGGGUGGUGUUAGUGUUGCAGCACAGCUGUCACCACGUCAACCAACCUACGGUGCUGGUAACGCUGGUGGUAAUGCCGGCGUUGUACAAUCACCAGGCAUGUCGAAUGCCUCACCACAGCAGUGGGUAGCUGCAGCAGCAGCAGUUGCAGCCAAUAAUGCCAACAAUGCAGCACAACGUGGCGGUCACUCAUUGCAGCAACAUAACCCCAUGUUGAGUGCGCAAUUACAGGGUGUAAGUCCGUAUAAUGCGCGCCAAUAUCAAAGUCAACGACGUGGUCUUAACUCACCAAGUGGUGCAGUGCCUGGUAGUAUGACAACAGUUACUUUACAGCGUCAAAACUCGUUUCAAACAAAUGAUAGCGGUUUCAGUGGUCCAUCAACAUCGCCAUCGCCACAAUCUCCAUACGGUGCUGGCACCACUGUAUUUCAACAACAACAAAUGCAACGCAUGCAACGCCAAAGCAGUGUGCCACAAGCAACACAACAUUUGCCUGGCUCACCACGCCCUUUUGGCGGUACAAACUCUUCCAAUCUUGAUAAUGGAGGCGUCGUCGGUGUCAAUAAUACCCUUAGUGGUAAUAUUAGCAUCAAUGGUGGCAACGGUGGCGUUAUACCAAUCAGUGGCAAUGGUUAUGGAGGUGCUGCCGGCAUGAUGUACAAUAAUAUGCCGUCACAGGGUGGCCCACAUACACCAAAUGAUUUCUAUGGUCGCACACAGACCGCUGGUAACACUUCUAACUCUUCUGAAUUUGUAAAACAAGAACUCCGCGCGGUUGUUAGUGGACGUGCACAACAACAGAAUGCGGCAGCGGCCGCUGCAGCUGCAGCUGCUGCGAAUGCGAGUGGUGCCGGUGGUAAUGGUGUGCCUGGUGGUGGCGGUAAUAAUGGCGGUGUUACUGGUAAUGUUGUACCUGGCGGCUUACGUGCUAUCACACCACAGAGCCCACUAAGUGGUAUGGGACCAAUGAUUGGUGGUAAUGCUAGCAAUUGUGGUGGUAAUAAUGUGAAUGCAAAUACAUUGGCUAGCUUACAACAGCAGCAAACUGGUAAUAACGGUGGAGGCGGGGGAAGUUGCGGUAAUGGUCCCAGUGGUGGUAAUGGCGUUACCGUUGGUGGUAAUGGUUGCGGUAAUAAUAGUAAUUCACUAUUACAUACACCACCAGAUCCAACAAUGAACUUUAAUUUUGACGCACAAGAUUUUUUCGGAAGCAGUGCCACGAGGUGACCUUAAAAUUUUAUGUUCCACCCAUACAUAUACGACGACUUCGAUUACGGAUAUAUGAGUUAAAAAAAUGAGUCGUUAAAAAUAGUUGUUAUGUUACGUAUAACGUAACGUAAAAAUGUGUCUAAUGUUUUACGUAUAAUAACGCUAACAACAACAUCCAAAUAGAAAAAUCAAUAAAUAUAUUGUAAAGGAAAGCUAUAAAAAUAGAAAUUGCAAA